AUGAUCGGCACAUUUGUGGAGCGCAGCGAUCCCCAGCAUCUGGCCUCCCCGGGGGUAGGAUACGGGCACCCCGAGGGUACCGCCAUGGUGCAAAACCAGCAGUAUGGUUAUUACAACGGUCAGGCGAGUGGGUAUGGUGUUUCCUAUAGCAAUGUUGGAAAUCUUAACUCCCGGGAAUUAUUUCUACGCCGAACGGCAGAGUUUGGACUUUCUGGAAGUGAUGUUUCAAGUAAUGUAAGUUCCCGUCCAGGGAUGCUGUUUCCUCCGCCAUCCAGCGGUUUUCAUUCACAACAUCAUCAAGAAGUGAGUCCACAUGUCCUUCUCCAGGGACUACAUGACGUCACAUCAUAUCAUAACCCGAGACAGCACAUGCAUGGUCAGCCUGGCUACUACAUGUCGGGACAUAGCCCAGAAUACAUCUCCAGAAAUGAUCAAAUGGGACUCAACCCGGCCACAAGACCGGAACAGUAUGGUCAUGAGAAUCAACCCUUUAUGAACCCUAUAAAUAUGUUGCAAAACGGGACUGGGCCCUUUUUUAGAUACAUGCGUCCCCCUAUAAAACAGGAACGCACGUGCAUGUGGGUUGAUUCUGACCAGCCAGAACCUAAAAAGCCGUGUAAUAAAGUAUUUUUUACAAUGCACGAGAUCGUAAAUCACAUAACGAUUGACCACGUCGGGGGGCCGGAGCAAGCCAACCAUACCUGUUUUUGGCAAGAGUGUCCGAGGGAGGGAAAGCCCUUCAAGGCCAAGUACAAACUUGUAAACCAUAUCCGAGUCCAUACAGGAGAGAAACCAUUUCCGUGUCCAUUCCCGGGAUGUGGUAAAGUGUUUGCCCGCAGUGAGAACCUCAAGAUUCACAAGAGAAUACAUACGGGAGAGAAGCCUUUUAAAUGUGAUUUUGAUGGUUGUGACCGGAGAUUUGCGAACAGUUCCGACAGAAAAAAACACAGCCAUGUGCACACGAGUGACAAGCCAUACAACUGCCGAGUAAGGGGAUGUGACAAAAGUUAUACUCACCCUAGCUCUCUACGUAAGCACAUGAAAAUCCACGGGGACAUCUCCCCUGAUAUGGAGAAAUCUGACUCUGAAGAUCACUCGGAGAGCAGUGAAUCAAUGUCUAGGACAACUCCCUCAAAUGACGUCACGAUGCAUUCGCACCAAUCACCGCCCUCAACAGAAAGUGUAUCUGACACGAAACCUAUUUUGACGUCACCUUCUGUGACGUCUCACAUGGAUCAGAAUAAUGGAAUUCCUGUACCGGAAGUGCCUAAAUUAAAUGACUGGUUUGUUUGUCACCCACGAACAAUGACUUCUGCCCCUUCUAAAGAACAUGCGUCAUUCCCUUCUAUAGCACCUUUGUCAUCAUUUCACCCGAUGCCCAUCAUGCAAUAUUCGUAA